UGAAAUGAGUGUGCACGCGGAAGAAGAUGAAGAUGGUGAGUUUCUGAUACGUGCCACGGCAAAAGCCACGUUCCCUUCAUGCAACAAACCUUCCUCCCUCUAUAUAUACCACUCAAAGAUCCAUAAGCUGAUUAACAAAGUUUAGAAAUUCAUACACAUAAGAUAUGCCAGGCCUCACGAUCGGAGACACCAUCCCCAACCUUGAAGCCCAAACCACCCACGGAAAGAUCAUUCUUCACGACUACAUCGGCCAUGGCUGGGCCAUUAUUUUCUCUCAUCCCGGUGAUUUCACGCCAGUUUGUACUACGGAGCUGGGGAAGAUAGCUGCCUAUGCUCAGGAAUUUGAUAAGAGAGGAGUGAAGCUUGUGGGUUUGUCCUGCGAUGACGUCCAGUCUCACAAUGAGUGGAUCAAGGACAUUGAAGCUUACACUCCUGGUGCGAAAGUGAGGUACCCGAUCAUUGCCGAUCCCAAUAGAGAGCUGAUGAAGCAACUGAACAUGGUGGACCCUGAAGAGAAGGACUCCUCAGGAAACCAAGUUCCCUCUCGUGCACUUCAUAUCGUUGGUCCAGAUAAGAAGGUGAAGCUCAGCUUCCUGUACCCGGCCACCACAGGGCGCAACAUGGACGAGGUGCUGCGGGUGCUGGACUCGCUCCAGAAGGCUUCAAAGCAUAAGAUUGCCACCCCGGUCAACUGGAAACCAGGGGAGCCUGUUGUCAUUUCUCCCAGCGUCUCCACUGAGCAGGCCAAGAACAUGUUCCCUGAUGGCUUUGACACCGUAGACCUCCCUUCCAAUAAGGAUUAUCUCCGCUUUACAAAGGUUUAAUCGUCUACUAUGAGUAUGUGCUCAUGCAUAUGCACUUUGUUUAACUACUAUACAUAUUAAAAUAUAUAUAAGGUAUUGUCUAUAUAAACAUAUGCUUAAGAUACUUGAGUAUAUGUAGUUGAGUUUGUAUUUAUUCUAUGCAUGCCUAAGCUACAAUGUAAUAUAUAAACAUGUUAUAUUUACCAGUAAAGGAGCGUUUCUGUAACUAAAACAAUGAAGAUGUGAAAGACAACAUAAUAUACUAGUGACAUGCGUUAUGUA